AUGGCAUCAUUCCAGAAGGGUGACUUGUUCACUCCCUGGAGCCACAUAUUUGGUACCAAUGUCAUGGCUAGUAUAGACAAGCCUGAGUACCCGAAUCUCUCCUGGGUGGCCAUCCAAGCUCAGACAGGGAACAUUGGUCCCUGUGUGUGUCUGCCCCUGGGAGGUGUGUCUAACCCAUUGGUCCCCUCCACCCCAGGGAAGAAGAAGAAGAAGACCCGUGGGGACCAUUUCAAACUCCGCUUCCGUAAGAACUUCCAGGCCCUGCUAGAGGAACAGAACCUGAGCACCAGCGAGGGCCCCAACUAUCUGACGGCCUGUGCAGCCCCCUCGAGUCUACCUCAGCGCCACUUCUGCGCCGUGUGUGGCCUGCCCUCGCACUACACCUGCGUCAGCUGUGGGGCCCGCUACUGCUGUGUGCGCUGCCUGGGCACCCACCAGGAGACCCGGUGCUUGAAAUGGACAGUUUAGCUCUGCUUGGAUCCUGGAUUUUCACCCCCAGUUGGAGGGCCCAAAGUCUGCUGCACUGGAGGGGAGAAGGGUUGUUCUUGAGGGUCUCUGAUCCUGGGGGACCCUGAUUCUGGCUGGUACUGGCAGAGAGGGCGACUGAUUCCAGGGGGGUGCACUAAUCUUGCUGCCCUGUGGGAGGGACUGAUCCUUGAGGUCCCAAGGCCUGAGCUGCCUGCGUCUGCCUGUAAAUAAACACUCCGUCCUCACUA